UCCACAUUUCAAGAGAAGACGAAAGCCUUAUUUGGAAAUCUUAUGGACGAAGAAAUGAGUCGCCAGACUGCCACCGCGCUGCCCACAGGAACCUCCAAGUGCCCUGCCUCUCAGCGCGUGCCCACCCUUUCAGGAACCACUGCCUCAAACAGUGACCUGGCCAGUCUGUUCGAGUGCCCAGUGUGCUUCGACUAUGUCCUGCCACCUAUCCUUCAGUGCCAGUCGGGACACCUGGUAUGCUCCAACUGCCGGCCCAAACUCACCUGCUGCCCCACCUGUCGAGGGCCGCUGGGCUCCAUCAGGAAUCUAGCCAUGGAGAAGGUGGCCAACUCUGUGCUCUUCCCAUGCAAAUACGCCUCGUCAGGCUGUGAAGUCACGCUGCCGCACACGGACAAGACUGAGCACGAGGAGCUCUGUGAAUUCCGGCCGUAUUCCUGCCCUUGCCCCGGCGCCUCUUGCAAGUGGCAGGGCUCGCUGGACGCCGUCAUGCCUCACUUGAUGCACCAGCACAAGUCCAUCACUACACUGCAGGGGGAGGACAUUGUGUUUUUGGCGACGGACAUCAACCUGCCCGGCGCCGUUGACUGGGUCAUGAUGCAGUCAUGCUUUGGCUUCCACUUCAUGCUGGUGCUUGAGAAGCAGGAGAAGUUCGAUGGCCACCAGCAGUUCUUUGCCAUCGUGCAGCUCAUCGGGACCCGCAAGCAAGCGGAGAACUUUGCGUACCGGCUGGAGCUCAACGGCCACCGGCGCCGCCUAACCUGGGAGGCCACACCGCGCUCCAUCCACGAGGGCAUCGCCACCGCCAUCAUGAACAGCGACUGUCUGGUCUUCGAUACAUCCAUCGCGCAACUUUUUGCCGAGAACGGCAACCUCGGCAUUAACGUGACUAUCUCCAUGUGCUAA